UUUGAUAGUGAGCCAAACAAAAACUUACAAUAUCCAUCAUGCCAUCAUCCUUUUCCAUUUGAUUUUACAUUUUAUAUUUGUUGAUUUUGAUUUCUAUUGUAAAGAUUAAAUAAUUUCACAUCAGUUAAUUAAUAAUUUAAUUUUUUUAAGAAGAAAAAUAAAUAAAUUAGACAAUCAUUCUCUUUGCAUUUUUUAAUACAAUUCCGAGAUUCCGGCCUACGUUUCCUUUCCCUCCAUUCUUUCCCAAGCACCCAUCUCUCCUCGAAUUUUUUCUUACAGAGAUUUUGGUGGGAAAUUGAAAUCUUUUAUUGGGGCCAAUUAUUAGGAAUUUUGGAGAAAUUAAUUAAUUUUGUAAAAAAAUUAGGUGGGUAAAUUCUGGAAAAUGCAGAAUUUCAUAUCUCAAAAGCUUCGAGAUUUGGACGCGUACCCUAAAAUCAAUGAAGAUUUCUACAACAGAACUUUCUCAGGCGGUGUCGUCACCGUUAUCUCCGCCGUCAUCAUGUUUUUCCUCUUCUUGUUUGAGCUCAAUUCAUAUCUGCAUACUGUCACAGAAACAACACUUUUAGUGGAUACUUCUAGAGGGGGAAAUCUUCGCAUCAAUUUUGAUGUUACUUUUCCGGAAGUUCCUUGCACAAUUCUCAGUAUUGAUGCUGAAGACAUCAGUGGAGAACGGCAUUUUGACAUAAGACAUGACAUUGUCAAAACAAGAGUUGAUGCUCAUGGGAACGUGGUUGAUACUAGGCGAGAUGGCAUUGGAGCGCCAAAGAUUGCAAAGCCUUUACAGAAGCAUGGUGGCAGGCUUGAACACAAUGAGACAUACUGUGGUUCAUGUUAUGGAGCAGAAACGUCCGAUGAUCAAUGUUGCAACUCUUGUGAAGAAGUUCGUGAUGCAUACAGUAAGAAUGGCUGGGCAUUGACAAAUAUGGACUUGAUUGAUCAGUGUGAAAGGGAAGGGUUCUUUCAAAAGGUCCACGAGGAAAAAGGUGAAGGAUGCAAUAUUAAUGGAUUUCUGGAAGUUAAUAAAGUGGCAGGGGCGUUUCAUUUUAUUCCUGGGAAGACCUUCCAUCUGUCAGAAUUUCAUGUCAGUGAUUUAUUUGCAAUUCAAACGGACAACUACAAUAUAAGUCAUAGGAUCAACAAGUUAGCUUUUGGAGACUAUUUUCCUGGCGUUGUGAACCCCCUGAACGGGGUGCAGUUUUUACAAGAGACGGCAAGUGGAUCAUAUCAGUAUUUUCUUAAGGUCGUGCCAACAAUAUACACUGACGCAAGAAAACGUUCUAUCCAGUCUAAUCAGUUUUCUGUGACAGAGCACUUUAAGAAUGCAGAACCAGGACGCUUUCGGACUAUACCUGGGGUUUUCUUCUUUUAUGAUCUUUCUCCAGUCAAGGUUAACUUCACGGAGAAGCAUAUGUCCUUUUUGCACUUGAUGACUAAUGUCUGUGCAAUAGUUGGAGGUACCUUCACAGUCGCAGGGAUAGUAGAUUCCUUUGUUUAUCAUGGCCGUAAGGCUAUGAAAAAGACACUGUAGAAGAAAUGUGGUUGAGUUGUAGCUAAAGCAGAAAGUGUUCCAACUCCCAUUUGAUUACGUGCUCUUCUACCCUCGACUUUCCUGGCAUGAAAUUAACGGAGAGGGUUGUACUAGAUCAGUGACUCGGUGGCUGGUUGACUUAUGGCGUGUUGGACAUUUUUGGUUAAUAGACUUACUUGAUUAUAGAUUUGCUGUUGCGCAAUUUGUCAUUCAAUUUUGUCAAAAGUAUGUAAUUGGUUGAUGUACAUAUGCCCAGAAGUUCCUAUUACCACAAAUGUCGCUCCAAUUUGUUGAGAUCAGUUGCAAGAGUAUUGACAUGUAGGUUAUGUAGACACAUUGAUGUUAGUCAUUGUUAUUUUUGGGCGAAGUUUUAUACACUUACAGUUUACCAUCA